AUGAAUACGGAGCCAAAAGAAAAGGUGCUCCACGAGCUACUGUAUGACAAGAGAGGAAAGUUCAAUGUCGACGUACUGUUGGAUUGCAUCGUCGCACUGUAUAAUGACUGUAACUCGCCGGCGAUCAAGGCAAAUACCAAUAUCAAAAAGUUCAUAGAAAGACUAGAGCCAUUUAUCAAUAAAGUUCAAAAUGCACGCCCUCGAAUCAGCGACUAUCAAAAAAUCAAAAUCAUCGGGCGCGGAGCUUUCGGCGAGGUGCAGCUCUGUCGGCACAAGACAACAAAGAAAGUCUGCGCGAUGAAGAUUUUGUCGAAGACGGAGGUGACCAAGAGGUCGGACACGGCUUUCUUCUGGGAGGAGCGCGAUAUCAUGGCGACAACGACCUCCCCCUGGGUUGUAAAAAUGUACGAGGCCUUUCAAGACAAGAAGCAUCUGUAUAUCGUGAUGGAGUUCAUGCCCGGCGGCGACCUCGUCAAUGUCCUUGGCAAUUACGAGUUUCCGGACAAAUGGGCGAUCUUCUACACGGCCGAAGCGGUUCUAGCAAUCAACGCUAUCCACGAAAUGGGCUACAUUCAUCGAGAUAUCAAGCCAGAAAACAUGCUUCUCGACGCGGGCGGGCAUCUAAAAAUCGCUGAUUUUGGCACGUGUAUGAAAAUGGACGCGAAGAAAAAGGUCAGGAAUGACAACGCGGUGGGGACGCCCGAUUACAUCUCGCCAGAAGUCCUCCAGUCACAAGGUAAAAUGGCUGUAUACGGUCGUGAAGUCGACUUCUGGUCCCUCGGGGUCGUCAUCUACGAAAUGCUCUACGGCGACCCACCGUUCUACUCCGACGGCCUUGUCGGAACCUACGGAAAAAUUCUCGACCACCAGAAUUCGCUUAAAUUUCCUGACGACGUGCCACAGAAUAAUUUCCAAAAAGUGGCGCAAGAUCUGAUCCGUAAAUUCCUCACCUAUCAAGAUCAACGUCUUGGAGCUCGAGGAAUCGAACCCAUCAAGAAACACCCCUUUUUUAUCAAUGACGAGUGGACCUGGGAUAAUAUUCGCGAGUCCGUGCCGCCCUAUGCCGUCGAAAUCACCUCUGAAAUUGAUACGAAGCACUUUGACGAGAUUGAAGAACGCGAGUCGAGUACGGAGGCAUUCGCUGUCCCGAAGACAUACCUCGGGAACCACUUGAACUUUGUUGGUUUUUCAUAUUCCGACGAUCCGAAGUGGAUCCAGCCCGGUGCUAACAGAAAUACCUCAUCCUCUAGUUCAUCUAAACCUCCGCUAAAUCAUCAACAGUCAUUGCCUUCUCGAGCCAGUACAAGUGCUCUUACUGAUGGCCGUUCUAGAGAGCUAGAAAAUCAACUCAGAGACAAAGAAAAAGAGCUUCGAAACAAAAAUACUAAAAUAGAUCAACUUGAAAGAAGUAGAGCCGAUGCUGAUGGAAGAGUUCGCGAGCUGGAGCAAGAAAUCCGUAAGCUGGAAUCAUUCACGAAGGAGUCUUCACGAAGCCAAGAAGAAAAUCUUCAAAAAGUAUUCACUCUUGAAGCGGAUAUUUCAUCGCUGAAAUCAAAGCUUGCUGAGCAAAGUCAGUUCCACCGUCGCGAUCAAGAGAAGAUUAAAAUGCUGACGCGCGAGUUACAGGAUGAAAAAGAUAAACUCCAAUCGACACUUGACUCGCAAUCAGCUCAAAGACGAGAAGUUCAACAGCAGAAGUACGCAUACACGGAGCUUGAUAAUCAGGUUCGAGAUCUUACCGCAAAACACAACUCGGCGAAGAUGGAAAAUGCGAAGCUCAGAGAGGAGUUGAAAAAUGAGCGAGACAGGAUGUCUAGCAGCCAGAGCAGGGAACAAAUGAAGAUUGUCACUCUUGAAUCCGAGCUCAAGCAGGCCAAGUUCUCCUUGACCGAAGUCAAGGAGAGCAGCGAGCGUGAUGCCAAGCGACUCCGAUCCGAGCUAGACAUGGUCACGAGGCGCAAACAGGCUCUCGAGCAAGAGUCACAGCUCCGAAAACGUAAAAUCGAAGAGCUUAAUGGCGACCUUGCACAAAUGCGCGACUCGAACAUGAAAGCCGCGAGAACUGAAGCUUCCAGAACGCGAAUGGCCCUUGAGGAAGACGCCCAAAAGAUGCGCGAAGCGAUGAGGGACCUCGAGGACAAGUGCGCUAAGUCUGAAUUUGAGAAUCGCCAGAAAGAGGACCGUAUCGUUCUCCUGGAAAGAGACAAUGCCGACUUCGCAAAUCGCCAAAACGAGCAAAAAGCGCGAGCAGAGGCGAUCUCCCGCGAAAAUCACGAACUCAAGAUUCAACUUGAGCAAGCUCGCCGCGACCAUGAGAACAGGAUAAGAACCGAAAGCCGGCAGAAAUCAGAUCAAUUUGAAGCGGAGAUCGGCAGUUUGACCGAGUUGCUCGAGCGGGAAAAGAAGAAGUCCGAGACGCUGGAGAAACAACUCGGCGAGCUUCAUGAUCAGCAUGAGACGCAGCAGUACUUUGCUACUCUUUACAAGUCGCAAGUUCGCGAGAAAAAAGACGAGCUCGAAGACGAAAAGGCGAAUAUCGAAGCUCUGAACGGCAGAAUACAACAGCUGGAGCAAGAGAAAGCCAAGAUGAACGUCGCACACAUGAAGAUGACCGAGGAGCGACAGCAGCGUUUCAACCAAGAGCUCGAUAGAUUGGCGAAUGAGAGCACGGGCAUAUCGCAGCGCGAGUUGGAGGACGCCAAGAGUAGAAUUCGAGAGCUUGAGCAGGCGCUCUUUAACGCAAAUGACAGCUACGAAGAGAUCGACAGGGAGAAUAAGAUGCUCCAGCUCAAGAUCGAGGAAACCGAAGGCUUGGAAGAGGCGUAUGCUAACUUGCAGAACCAAUGGCAAGAGGAAAAGAGCGAGCUGGAAAAGAAGCUCAAUCAAGAGAUCUUGCUGAAGAAGCAGUCUGUCAACAAACUCGUCCAGGUUAUGACCAAGAAGCCGACGGAGACUCCCAUCUCUGGCAAAAACAAGAAGAACCUCAAGGAAGAGCUCAAGAAGGCAGAACGCAAGCUCAAGGACUACGAAGUGGCGAAAGCGGACGACAACCGUAACCACCUCAACAUCGUCAAAAACAAAGACCGCGAGAUCGAAGAUCUACGCGACAUCAUCCAAAAAGAAUCCGCCAAUCUCGAGGAGCGCCAGAUGGAAAACGAAGCCCUCAAGAUGGAGCUAGAGACCGCUAGAAAGAAUCUAGAAGAGAUGAAAGCCACGAACACGCUGGGAAGAUCAGGAAAUCUGUCGAUCAGCACAAUGUCGCUAGAAUCGGGCAGAAAAGAAGGUUGGUUAGAGAUACCGUCAGCGAGAGGGAUUAGCUCCACGAGGAGAGAUGGUGGCUGGGUGAAGGUUUAUGUGAUCUUGUCCGACGAUAGACUCUUUUUCUACGCUAAAAUGGAGGACUAUCAGGCACACAAGCCAAAGAAAAUUAUUGAGCUGUCAAAGCUUUACCACGUCCGUGCGGUAACGAGAAAUGACGCGUUCCGAGCAAAGGAGCACGAAAUCCCGAGAAUGUUCCAAAUCAUGUACGGCGAGCAAGGGCUUACCAUGGGCGAUCCAAAUUCGAAAUACGCACACAAGUUUGUGAACAUCACCUAUCGAACACCUGCCGAGUGCGACUUCGAAAACUGCCAGGAAGGGCAACUGUGGGGCAUCGUACGCGCUCCCCAGGCCGUAGCGUGCCAAAAGUGCAACCACAAGUAUCAUGCGUCGCACGUGGCCCCCAACUCGCCCGACUACAUGAGAGUGCCGCAGUGCCGAGGCAUCGUCGCCGAGGAGAUGCUCGUCCUUGCGCCGGACAUUGGCGACCAAAACGAUUGGCUCAGAUGCUUGAUGAAAAAGAUCGAGAAAGCGCCGCCAGGGAAUCAAGGCAGCCAGCCGCAAUUCAACCGGCACUCGCCAAUGACGACAUCAAUAAAAUCUCGUCUGAAGCGAUAA